AUGGGCUCGCUGGAUACCUGCGAUUACUCAUGGACGCAGGUCAGGCCGGGCCGUUGGGAGCGGAAUAUUGAUGAGUCGGAGCAGUUCUAUACUUCGCUCGCGAAGACAUACGAAGGGAGCGGCCGCUGCUGCUUCGCGAUCACCGCGUACGUCUCCUUCUCGGUACAAGGAACGGAACAUGAGGUCGAGCUAGCCUUGCGAAAGGCAUGGCUGCGCUUGCGAUACGAGAGUCCGACGGUUGCGUCGUGGGUUGAGUACAGCGAGCAGAGCCAGCGGUGCAGGAAGGUCUAUGAAAUGGCGCAUACCCCGGAGGCCCAGAAUGCCUGGCUGGAGAGUACAUUCCAGGUGGUUCGCACGAGAAUGUCCGGCCUGCAGUGGUGCAAUUCCGAUCCACCUGUUCCUGAAAUCCCGACUUUAUUCAUGGUAAAGCGUGCGGGUCGGUCGAGCCCGACGGUCACUGCGGAUUUGGUUCUUCGCUGCCGCCAUGAUGUUAUGGACGGUGUUGGGGCGUUGAUGCUGUUGAAUACUCUCUUCUUGCUUGCUUCUCAGGCCCUGGACCAAGGUGAUACAUAUCGACUCCCCGUCUUCGGCGACGAGUGCACCCGAUUGAGUCCGCCGUUUCGUAUUGCUGCUGGAGUUCCACCGGGUUUGAGCAAGAAGCAGAAGAGUCGUCUGAACAAGACCGUUUCCGCGAAUGCCGCGAUGAAGGAGGUUGAGAUUGCCGGUUUCCCUCGCCGGAAGGGUGCGACACAGGCAGGGAAGCACCAACGGGUGGCCAUUACGCUGUCAACCGAAUCGACGUAUCGUCUAGUGAAGGCCUGCAAAGCAGUGGGAUUAAGCGUCACCCAUGCCUAUCACACAGCCAUCGGUAUCGUACUGCGAGACCUUCAAAAACGACAGUCGCGGCCAAGGACGGUGCGAUAUAUCAACUACAGUCUCCUUGACGAGCGGCCACAGUGCGAGGAGCCGUACAGCACCCCGGCCCAUGCGGCAUCAGUCUACCACUCUGUCUCUGGGGAGUGUUUGGCAGUCGAUUUGACCGUCCCAGCGGCAUCUUUUGGGGCACUCGAGCAGGUGCUGGACUACAGCAUACCGCGGCGAAACGAGUACAUGAAGGUCGCCAGUGCGGUUCGACGCUUUGACAUGCAAAACCGCAACGAUGAACAACGAGUCCAGAUGGUACCCUCAUACUGGGAGAUGAUUACGCCUCCCUACCCGUCGAAUAAUGUCACACCAGCAGUGCCGCCCCCGUAUAACAAACCGUCGGUGUCACUGUCGGACCUAGGCACAUUAGAUACGAUUAUCUCACCAUCACACGGUGAUUUUCAGCUGGACAAUCCUUGGGUGACAAGGGAGCACCUGGUGACUGGGCUUGCGCUGUUUUUGGGUAUAUGGGACGGGCGACUCACCCUGAGUGCCACAUAUAACGAUGCAUGGCAUACGAGGAAUGAGGCAUUGGUGUUCCUGGACCGAUGCAAUGUAGUCAGCAUUCAGGCUCUUGGUGCUUGA